AUGUCGGGGACCACCAGGACUUCAUCAACCACCGUCGGUCGGGACUCGUCACCAACUUACUCACGACGAUAUGGUCGAAAGUAUCUUGAGCUUGACAACCUUCAGGAUUCCAGUGUGUGCCAUCGCAAGGUCGGCAGAGCACGCGCUGACUGCCGACUUCGAACCUCCCAGUCGAAAUGGGGAUGCUUGGGGGAGGCAUCGAGACCGGCGGGUAUUGUCUACAUGGAUCUCUCAUUUGAUCAGCCCGCCGACUGUAGGCUACUGAGUGCCACGGCCAAGAUCACUUUGCAAGGCGCCCCUCGGCACCAGCUCGACCUGAAUAAGCCUGUACGCCUCCAUCUGACCGAUCACUACGGGCCAAAGUAUCUCAGCGGAGAUCCAAAGAAUGUGGUCAAGAAAACGAUCUUGCAUCUUGCGCCCCAGGUCAAUGUACUGGGAAACGGAGGCGGUGGUAUCGGUAUCGAUAGCGAGAAGUCAAUUACUUAUGACAGCCGAUGGACAUUCACAGGUAACCUGCGCCCUGCGCAAAAGACCGACCCGGAAUAUCGCACUAUUAAGUGGGAGUUACGCGAGGAGGACUCCGAGUCUCAAUCAGUUCACAGCAACAUGAUUCACACUGCCUUUGCUUUCCAGCACGAGGGGAGGCCUUUCAUCAUGCGAAUUGAGAUUAAAGGGAAGCUGCGAAAGGGCAGGAACCGCUUUAGAGAAAGGGCCCGUCAGUUGAGGUUCCCAUCUCGUCUUGAAAGUGACGAGGGAUCCAGUGAUAUUCUGGUUUAUCCAAAUGUUGUGACGCAGUCGUCAGGUCCUCGUCUCGAUCGCCUUGCACAGGGUCUGCCCAUGGUUAUGGAGAGAGAGAAUUGCCUUCGCAUUCCGGUGCAGAUUCCUACCGCAUUGCCGAUAUCGUUCCCGGAGGGCAAUGAGAACACUCCCAGCACGGCACCGGCCAACGUCCAGCAGAUCCAGAACAUGCUUGAAGACUCAUAUACGGGGAACCUACCGGGCCUUUUGCCCGGUUCAGGCGGUUCCGGGCGCCAUCCUGACACAGGGCGGUCAUCAGGCUCCAACUCAGAUUCUUCCUCUGAAACGUUAGUAGACGUCAUAGAGUCCUGCGGUGCAGAUGAUCCAGUAGACGCGUGCAUUUCAAAGCUUGGAGACGCUGUGUACACCUUUCAGACACCGCAAGUUGUUGGCCAAGAUGCAUUACAGGCAUCUAGAAUUGUACUGCGCGCAAAUUCCAGCUCGAUGGUUCCAGCAAUACCGAACGGAUCACCCGAACGGAGGCAUGGCGAGAACGAGAGCGAAAACACAGACAGCCCUGAGAGCGCGCUGGUUCUUUUAUCACGCUAUCCGUCUUUGAUAAUCUUGAUCCAGAUCCUGGCCGCUCUCCUGGAUUUCUUUGGGAUGACAAUGAAGUCCACAAAAAUGUCGGACCGGCAAAGCGAUAAAAGGUUCAGAGACAGGGCCAUAGCAGAUAGCAGAUGA